AUGACGGGAAAUCCACAUAUCAAUAUAUUGAGCUCAAAUUACUCACGCUAUGGUACAUCAGUGUACCAAACGCUGUAUAGUGCUGACGGCCGUGGGUCAACCGAAAAUUCGCGGCAUGAUGCCACUGGGGGGUCUAAUUCCGAUGACAAUAGCAUAAGAAUGGAUUCUGACAAUACAAAGUCCAAAUUCAAGCGCAAAUACAAGUCUUUAAUCCAGAACUACAGCGGAAAUUCACCAUUCAGGGCCAAAAAAUUUAUUGGGAAAUUCCACGACCAUAGCUCUAGCGAAUCGUUUUCUAUCUUCUCCUUGAGAAGUUCCUACUCUAAUCGCAAUUUACCGACGGCUCACUCAAGAACUGCUUUAGCCAGCUCUGGAGGACAACACAAUGCGAUUUUUGAAGAUUAUCGCCCAUACGAUGACAUAAAUGAACUUCCGAUGGAAAUCAUGGCUAUGGUGAUUGAGCAGUUCACUCAGGGUGCGUGUUUUGAAGACUCUAGAACGCUUGUAAGAUGCUUGUAUGUUAACAAGAAGCUUUACGAGGCGACCAAGACUGAGUUGUACAAGGCUCCAACGUUCACUUCAACCUACCGUUUUGCGCAAUUUGUUACCACGCUUAGACUACAUCCUCAGAACGGAUUGCUAGUUAGACAGCUAGACCUGUCGAUGCUAAAAAACGGUCUCAUAGAAGAAGGCUGUAAGUCCAAAGCUGAUAAACAUUGCCGCUCUGGUGACGAGCGUAUACCUGCGCGUAGAAGGACUUCGGCUCGGGACAUCUUGGAAGAGGCCGAUGAAGAUGAAACAGAGGACAUGGAAGAGGAUUCGGGGGUGGCAGACCCGGAGAGGGCAUUGACCCCGAUUGAAGACGAUCUUCCGGACAUUGCUUUGGCUGGAUGGAGGGACUGGAGGUAUAGAUUUGAUCCACUCUACGGAAAUCAAAUGCUAACCUGUAACAAUGCUAUGCGUAAGGUAAACUCCAGACCUUCUUCCAUUAAUUCUAAUGGAACCGGCAGCACUGGCAUAGGUCCAGGUUGUCGUAGAUCGCAUCGCUCGAAUAGUUCCGUGACCUCCUUUACAACUACCAUCAUGUCAUCUUUCUACAAUUCACCUUCGUUGUCUUCAAUUAGUUUAACGUCAUCCUACGAUAAUGCGAAGGGAGCUGCUACGGGAAAGUGGUUCAAUAAACUCUUCAGCUCAAAGAAAAGUGCAAAACAGCAAUAUGAAAGAUUUGUCGAAGCCAAGUUCAAAAAUGCCAAUAAUAUUGACGAAGUAUGUGCUGACGGCACUCAGGACAAAGCAAAUAACAGGACGUCCGUGAAGUUCUCUGUACAAACCAGUUUAAAAGAUCAACCUUUCCAUGAGCGACACCCAAUGACCAACAAAUUCCUGCUGAAGUACGCCCUCUCAAAGGACAUUCCGCUUGGCUACCUUUUCCAUGUUGUAAAGCUUUGCCCGAAUAUCACUGCUCUCAAUCUCGCCGAUUUGAGUAUUUCGACAGAUUUUCGCUUGCACACGAAGAAAGAUUCCAACUGGAAUCAUGCAACGUCCCUUUUACCAGAUGUACAAGUGACUACGUCUGAUGCUGAUGCGCUUGUGGGACGAAAUCUAGAGUCGGUCUAUUUUACCGACUCCAGCAAAGGCCAUGGCUCCUACGAAAAUACAGGCGGUAUUCUGUCAAAAAAGCUAGACGACUUGCAUUUCGUUUCUCCAUAUACCAUGCUGGGGGAGUCGUGGAUUUCAUCAAACUACCCACCCCCGAUCGACAGACGCACCAAGAUCAGAGGCCAAAGAACCCUAAAUCAAAGGCAACAUAAUUACAGCCUAAGCAAGCUGGAGGUACGACAGCUUCUCGAGCUCAUACAUGACAGAUUGACCGAUCUGUCGCGGUUAAAUAUGGAUAAUGUCGUGUGGUGCAACCAGCCAGACGUAAAGGGUUUCGUCUUCUCCUCGUUGGAACACAACCCUGAUCUACAUGUGAGCUUCCUCCAUGCCGGCAUGGGUAGAAAUUUGUCGUGGGCUUCCAGCGGUCACGUCCGUCAGUUUGCUGCAAUCGUGCUGCUUGGAGAAAUUUUAGACCGAGACGACUUGUAUUUGGAAGACCUGUUCAAUGUUCGCACCGAGCGUUUCAAUUGCGACACCAAUCACGAUUACUCACUUUUGGGUCGUUCGAACAAGCUCGCGGCGCGCACUUAUGGAAAUAAAAUUAUCAACUGCAAAUUGCAAGUGGGUCGUGGCUCGCUACUCCAGCUGGAGACUAGUGCCGAUUUGGAAUCUACCAUUGUCUGUGACAUAUCGCUUGGUGCCAGGCCCGUGCCAUGCGACGCGGGCAUGGCAAGAAUCGAGGAUCUUGCCCACAACCUCAUAGGGCGCCUUGAAGGUCUGCGCAUGGCAGAACUACGCAGGCAUAUCGGAGAGAACCAGUACACUAUACAUUAG